CAUGAAAUCUCUCAUUUCCUGUUCACCUUGAUUGUCUCACACUACGAGGGUUUCUUGUUCUCCAAAGUACCUUUCAAUAAAAAGCAUGGCUAAAAUUGAACAAUCGCGUCAGCAUGAGCUCGACGAAGAGAUCCAGAAGCCAUCAGACACCUCAGCACCAGGCGGAGAAGACUACCCCAAACAAGAAUCUGACAGCGAUACUUUUCUCAUAUGCUUUGGUCCUGAUGAUCGAGAAGAUCCCAAAAAUUGGUCCAAGGGACGCAAACGGGGUAUGACAUUAGCCAUGUCUGCCACGGGAUUCAAUCGAAUUAUGAUCUCAACGGUAAUUCUAUUAAUUCAUCUCAAGGGAUACCCAACGUAUUUACUGAUCUUGUUUUACAGAUGAUGGCGCCUGCAAUCACCACCAUUGCAAAAGACUUGAGAAUGACCACAACGGAAUCCACAAUGGCACUUUCUGUUUACGUUCUGGCUUCUGCUUUCGGUCCACUCGUCAUCGGGCCAUUGUCAGAAAUGUACGGACGAAAGAGAAUCGUGCAUAUCACCAACAUCUGGUUCUUGGUCUGGAACCUGAUCUGUGGUUUUGCGAAUUCCAAAGGACUUCUACUUGCCUCGCGGCUCUUUGCUGGCUUUGGUGCCAGCGCAGUCUACUCGGUCGCCUAUUGUGUCCUCGGUGAUAUAUGGAGACCAGAGGAGCGAGGACGAUCUCUCAGUACAUAUCUACUUAUCCCCCUUCUUGGUGCCGCCAUUGGUCCGAUCAUGGGUGGGUUUAUUGUCGACUAUUCGAAUUGGCGAUGGAAGUUUUGGGCCACGACGAUUUUUCAGGGGUUCGCGGAGAUAUGCUCGCUUCCGAUCACUCAUGAGACCUACGCGCCGAUACUUCUGCGUCGACGAGCAGUUCAACAGCGACAAUAAACCGGUGAUACACGCUACCAUACCCAAGACGAGGCCUACGAAUCCGGCUGCUCAUCCUUCUAGAAACUACACAACGGCCUCUCUCGUCCUUUGAGACUCUUGGCCUUUCAUCCUAUCAUCCAGAUACAGGCAAUUCUCGGUGGUAUCGGCUAUGGUCUCUUGUACUUUGCCCUCUCCAGUUUCUCAAACCUCUUUGUGUCCGCAUAUAACCAGUCUAUUUCCAUCUCUGGCUUGCAUUACAUCGCUCUCUGUGCUGGCGAACUUGUCGGCUCCCAGAUCUGCGGACCUCUCAUGGACUACGUUUAUGCAGCUAUCAAAGCACGAGCAAGAGAACUGUCUCCCGAGCUACGAAUUCCAUUACUAUUACCAACACUGGUCUUCACGCCCAUUCGUCUCUUCCUCUACGGUUGGUCGGCCGAGUACCAUCUUACUUGGGUACUUGUAGAUAUAGGUACCCUGUUGUUCGCCUUGGGAAUGCAAGUUUUUGAUAUCACACUUCGCGCCUACGUUAUGGAUGCAUAUCCAGACCAUGUUAGCUCUGCUUCCGCGGCGGCGCAGUUAUUCCGAAGUUUGUCGGCGUUUGCCUUUCCAUUGUUUUCUGAUCAUAUGUACAAGGUUCUGGGGUAUGGAUGGGGGAACAGUUUAUUGGCUUUCAUGUAUUUUGGGGUCGCUUUACCAUCGACGUGCAUUCUUUGGCGGUAUGGUGCACGUUUGAGGGAGAAAAAUACGGCUAGCUACUAG